UGGAGACAUGUUUGACCUAGUUUUGAUGCGCCGCGGCGCAGUCGAGACAGACAACUCCUAAGUAAUAUACACACCCAUUUGUGUACAAGUACUAGGAAUAACGGCUCCUUAAAGAGUGUUAUCAUAUCUUUUAUGUAGGAGUUUUAUAAGUUUUAUAUCCUGACUUCAUAGAUCCGCUCGACGCGCUAUUCUACUGCACUUGGCAAACCGGGAGAGCCCUUGCGGCUAAACAUUGUCAGCAGAAGCAAGGACGGGUCAAAUUGCACGUGUGAGCAUCUCACUAUAGCAGAAGUCAGAUAUCACCUUAUAGUAUUCGAUAGUGAGCCGGUAUGGAGUCGUCUGUAGACAGAGACGAGACUCCGGCAGUAGCGAAACGCGAGGCUCCAGAUGAAUGGGUCUCGCUCGCCGCCUCUAAAGACGGCACUGGUGUACCAUCAUUUGAAAACUACUACAGCAAAAUUCAAGAAACCUUUACCCCGCUAACACGAGCAAAGAAACUUGUAAGAAAAGAGACAGCUUCACCCGAGAAUGACAGCAACAAGUAUGACUUCACCUACCCAAAGAGGGGAUUGGCAGUUAUUAUCAAUAACGAAGAGUUUGAUCCCAAAACUAAAUUUGGAAACAGAAACGGCUCGACAAAGGAUGCUAUGAACCUUAAGAAGAUGUUCGAACAUCUGGGAUUUGAAGUCCUGCUUCGUAACAACCUAACUGGAGAAGAAAUGGUAAAAACUCUCCAGAAAGUUGCCAGCAACAUCGACUACGACCACACCCAGGCUGACUGCUUUGCUUGUGCUAUCCUGUCGCAUGGAGAUAAUGAAGACUUUCCACCCUUACAACCACCCUACGAUGCUAUGCUGCGACACGACAUCAUCUACGGCGUGGACGGCACGAUAGUCCCCACACGAUUCCUCAUUGCCAACUUCAAUGACGAGUGCUGCCCUGAACUGGAAGGGAAGCCAAGACUCUUCUUCAUACAGGCAUGUAGAGGACGAGACUUAGAUGAUGGCAUGGAUAUAACUGUUCUGAGGCCAAAGGUUCAGUUAAAGAAUGUAAGUGCUGGUUCAGGUCAAGACACAGGUGAUGCACUUCCUGAGUUACCGCUAGAAGCAUUACAGCUUGAAGGAAAGUCAGAUACAGAGGAAGGGAAGUCAGAUACAGAGGAAGGGAAGUCAGAUAAAGCGGAAGGGAAGUCAGAUACAGAGGAAGGGAAGUCAGAUACAGAGAAAGGGAAGUCAGAUACAGAGGAAGGGAAGUCAGAUACAGAGGAAGGGCUGGCUCAGACCAAAGAGAGAGGAGAAUCAGGAAACACAGUUCCUCAGUAUGUCUACACCAUCUCUCCAUCGCCCAUCUACAAGGACUUCCUUCUUAUGUAUGCCACCCCACCAGGGUACUUUGCAUGGCGGAACAAAACAGAUGGAGCUUGGAUGAUACAGAGCCUGACACAUGUUCUCCUGGAGGAAGGUAUCACUGAUGUACCACUCAUGAGCCUUCUCACCAAAGUCAGUCGGAGAGUGUCACGUGUCAAGUCCAAUGCAAGAGGACAAAUGAAUAACAAGAAAGCAGUCCCUUGUGUUAUGUCAAUGCUCACUAAGGAUGUUUAUUUUACAAGCAUAUCUUCACCACAUUAACUCUUUUAUAGAUUGUCUUCUGUUUUCAUUGAACUAUAUCAAUAAAACUUUCUUAUCUAGAAUAUGAUAGGGACAAAACUCUGAGACAUCUGAACAUUCAAGGUAACCAGACAUCAUCUUAAACAAAACCUCUUGCUUGCACCGGGAGUUGGCUUAUCUGCUUGUUUCCAAUUCACUUGUACAGUUCUAUCAAAGACAAACAGUCCUUCCAAGUAAGAUGCUUGACUAACGCUUUGAUGUCUAUCAACAUUUUACUGAAGUUUACAUGUAGUUUAUACAUUGUUACUGUUUCACAGGAUAUUGAUGUACAUCAGUGGCAAAUUUAAAUGGAUUUCUUGUUGAUGAACAUAGAAUUUGUACUAAAGAUACCACCUACCACAUACAAGAUGACUUAGACAUGAUCUUCUGUCCUGUUUGUGUGACAGAUGCCCCUUGUCAUUAAUGCAACUGUGAUAUGUACACCAAUAUCAAUGGAAUUUGGAACACGUCUUUAAAACUGGGGAACAUUCUGUGUGGGAUACAUAUCCAAACAGUUUGUCUAACUGGACCAUGCACUUUUCAAUCAGUAUUGCUAAACAGUCUAUCUGGACACAGAGCUAUCCAAACAUUUGGAUUGGCAGGUAGACUAUUUCAUACAUUCUCAAAAUACAUCAGCAAGACUAUGUCCAAAGAUUCAACAGUAAGUAUGUGAAUGUCAUAAUAUGGAUAAUUUCAGAAGUUGGUUCUGUUUUCAAACUUCUGAAUUCAAAUUAAGGUUGAUUAAUAUGUUCCAAGUAGGUUCAAGAGUCAGAUUGCCAAGGGAGGUAAUGAACACUGCACAUAUUUAUCAGGAUUACCUAACUUAGAGAUUGAGUGGGAGAGUUGGGUUUAAUGCCGCUUGGAACAUCAUUCCAGUAGCAUCACAGCAUGUCAGCUUGAUGUUAGAAGAAAGCCUAAAGUGAUGCAGGUCUCAUAAGUUUACCACUUUGGUGAAACCCAUUAGUAGGGGUACUGACAAACCAAGAAACAUAAUCUGAGCAAAUCAGGAUUUGACCCCAUAAUCAUAGGCUUUGGUCCGAUUCCAGGGAAUGCAAUUCUGCACAGUGAAUUGCAGCAUCUUUGAUGAUUGAGGCACCAAAUUGUUUGAUUGGUAUUUCUUAGAAGUUGACGGAUAACAACAUCUUGGACUGUGGACAAUCCUAUGUAGGUGAAACAUUCCCCCCCCCCCCAUCAACACCAGAAUCAAAGAGCACAAAACUUCAACCAUCUAAUCAAACAGUACAUCAGCCAUAUCAGCAAAUGCCCAAAUCACAAUAUUAAACUAGGAAAAUGCCCAAAUCUUCUACAACCUCCCUGACUCCACCAAAAGAAAACUAAGAGAAGUAGUCCACAUUCCCUGUCACAAGCCAUCAAUCAACAGAGAUCAAGGCUAUUUCAUCCCACCUGCCUACUAUGAACUCAUUAAGCAAUAAUCACCCCACCAAAUCCUGUUUAAUUUGCUUCCUCAUCAUGUGUUCUCUGUCCAUCAUGUUAUUACAGUAUUAUCCUUCUGUUAUUAUUUUAUCUUUUUUAAAGUUAGCAGUUUUUGUUACUGUUAAUCCUCAAACUACUAUAUAUAUAUAUUCUCAUUAUUCAGACUUGCUUGACAACGGUAAAAGGAUCUAUACCGAAACAUCGCCAAAACAGUAAAAUAAAGAAGUUGUUAUCCAUAAAUUAUGUCUUCUUUUGUUGGGACACCUGUUGUCCUGAUUACCUGCAGUAAUAUAAAAUGUGCAACACUGCAACCUGCACAGUAACUAAACUAAACUAAAGUCCAGGAGUUCAAUAGGGGUAGAUAGUGUGUGAAGUGUCAUCUAAUGACCUUUGGAGUGAGAGUGAUUUUGGUUUUACGCCGCUUUUAGCAAUAUUCCAGUAAUAUCACGGUGGGGGACACCAGAAAUGGGCUUCACACAUUGUACCCAUGUCGGGAAUUGAACCCGGGUCUACGGCACGACGAGCAAAUGCUUUAACAACAAGGCUACCCGACCGCCCCCUUUGGAACCAAGGUAUAGCAGAGUUGGCAUGGCAUCCUGAGUUGGGUCACCUUUCCAUGCGAUUGCCACAAUCUGCAGUAUCUUCAUUUUAGACACCUCUUAGAAUAUGAAUCAGGCAUCGGUCAUCUCUGCCAAGUGAUGGGAUCUGGUGGUGUAUGUUUCUAGCCUCCUCUCUGAUGAACACAAUCAUCAAGGUGUAAAUGGAAAUAUAUGAGUAUUGUUUUAAAUUAAAUACAUGUGUGAGUGUGUACUGGAGAACUCUGUCUGUACGUAUUCAUAUAGAUUCUGUAUUGUCUUGUUCAUGUACAAAGUAUAUUGCAGAAUAAAGCAUAUUUGUUUAA